AUGCCAGCAAUCACAAGAUCCACAACCAGGCGUGCUCUUGCCGACAUCACUCCCGUGGUGCAAGGCCAGCCGUAUCAACCGCCGUCCAACUCCACAAUGUUCACAUGCGCAACUUGUUGGGACGAGAUGUCAGGCGAGGUAGCUGUGACCGUUGGUCGCGACUCGCUAUGCGAGAAGUGCUUCACGAACGGAAUCAAAGCGCAAUUCCUGGAUGCGAUCAAGGACGAGACCAAAUAUCCCGUCAAAUACGGCGCCAACAAUAUCAACAUUCACGACUAUGAAAGCUUCUUCACCAAACGCUUUCUCGAAGAGUGGGCAACCAAGGAAAAGGAGUACCAAAUUCCGAUGCAAGAGCGACUCUAUUGCAAUCGAAUCAUCUUCAUCAUUCCAGCAGAAGACCCGUUCGCUCCCGGAUCCUCUACGGCCGCCUCGAAGGCCGUGUGUGGCCACUUCGUUGGUGACAAACGCGGCUGUUUGUCAGACGUCACGGUCUGCAAUGGGUGCACUGGACAUCUCUGCUCGAAGCGUUCAGAGCCGCUUGACGGGGCCAAGACACACAAGUGUAAGAAGCUGACGGAAGAAGAAGAUCCGUUCGGGAAGAUGACACGAGGGGUUGACUACCAGAUCUGCCCGAAUGAGUCAUGCAAGAUCAAGAUGAUGCUGUGGGAUGGCUGUAACUCCAUUCGAUGUCAUGCGUGCCGCACCUCUCUCUGCUUCGUCUGUGGCAAACAGCCCGCACCCGAUCACUUCAGCAAGGGCUGUCCUCGAUUUGGGAAGAAGGGCGACAGUCGGGCCAUUCACGAUGACGUCGCUCGACCUAUGCACGACUUUGGCGACAUGCUCCAGAUUCCCGGGCAGGCGGCUGUCAGCCUGGAGGAGCGCUUAGUCGACGCACUUGUGAUGCAGCUUGAGGAGAUACACGAGCGCAUCUUCGCGGUCCCGGAUCCUGGCAAUCCUGCUGUGAAUCCAGUGCAUGACCUCACACACAGUAUCACCGACCAGCUGCAGAGGUUUCGAACCACUCUGAUCACUCCGGGUCGUUCAUUCCGUGGCUCUCGUCGCUUCCAAGAUGUGGAUAGAGCUAUCACCACGGCAGCGGCGCGAGUCGGCGAGGAGGGCUUUCAACUCUUUCCAGGCCUGAGCCUCAUCAUCGCCAGCUACAGGCAGAUCUGGGCCGAUGUGCUGACCGAAGACUCGAUGAUCAGCGCCAUCCGCCAGAUCGAAGAGUUGGCAGACCGGGGGGCAUAG